CCCACCCACCCAUCCAUCUCAUUCCUUUCCUCUCCCUCCUUUCUCUUCCAUUUCCCUUCUCCUUCUUUCUCUCCCAAAAAAAUAAUCAUCAUUAUUAUUAAUAAUAUUAAUUAUUAAAAAAAAUAAAAUGUUAUUUUCAAUCCCAACAACAACGGCGAGCACCUUAUUAACCCUUCCUUCUCCUUCUUCUCAUUUCUCAUCCAAACUUAACGCCGCCGUUACUCCCAAACAAAUCCAACUCAAACUCUCCGUUAACCCCCCCUUAACGGCAUCAUCAUCAUCAUCAUCAUCAUCUCGCGGCGUCACGGACAAGCUCAACAAUCUCGCCUCCGAAUUCGCCUCGCUAACCGAACCCAUCGAUAGAGUAAAAAGGCUAUUACACUACGCAUCUCUCUUACCUCCGUUAGACCAGUCCGACAAGGUUCAUGAGAACCGGGUAUCGGGCUGUUCAACUGAGGUUUGGAUGGUGGCCCACAUAGAUGAAGGUAGGAAAAUGAGAUUUAAAGCGGACAGUGAUUCGGAAAUAUCGAAAGGUUUUUGUUGGUGUCUUGUUUGGAUGUUUGACGGCGCGGAACCUGAGGAAGUUCUUACGGUGGAGAGAGAUGAUUUGGUUGGUAUGAAUGUAGGGUUGAAUAAUGUUAAAGCACGUUCUAGGAUUAACACGUGGCAUAAUGUUUUUUUUGCCAUGCAAAAAGCUACUCAAGAUUUGAUUUGAUCAUUUAGCGUGUGUUUGGUUCUGCGGCGGAGAGAAUUGAUUUUGGCAGAAUUGA